UCCUUUCUCUCCUCCUCGCCGCCUUCUCUCUCUCCUCCUCCUCUUUCCUUAUUAUUUCUUCUGAGUUUCGUGUACCACUUUCGAAAGAAACAAAUCCACAUUCCAAAUCGUCGAAGAGGCGAAGAUUAACUCCAGAUUGUCGCCGUAGAUCGAAAUGGAGCGAGAUUCGGAAGGGGGAAGAGAAAUCCAGAGAUCUGCUCGUUGAUUGAUGCGCAUGCAAUCGCGAUCGGAAUCGUCGGAGAGCCGCGCGGUUUGUUGGAAGAGAGAAGGGAGAUUUGGUUGAGGAGGAGGAGAGGGGAAUCCGACGGCGAUUGAGCCUCUACAUUGGGAGAAGGUACGAGAGGGUGAGGCGGAGAGAUAGCGGCGAAGUGAUAUGAAAGGCUACGGCCCCGGCGGGCUGUCCGCCGCCGCGCAGCAGGCGGCGAAGCGGAGGUGGAAGGGACAGCCAGCGGCUGUUUUCGCGCUCGUCUUCUUCUCGCUGCUCGUCCCCCUCGUGUUCCUCCUCGGCCUCCAGAACCGGUUCCCUUCCGGAUACUUAGCCGAUGUUCGCUCCCAGCAGGAAAGUAACUUUGACACUUACCGCAAUGUGACUCUCGAACAAGAGCUGAUCUCAUUGAAGGAUGUUCUUCAUGUGCCCCCUCCUGAGGAAUUGAGCAAGAGAAUCAAGGAAACCCUUGUUUCACCCACAUCACAACUCAAGAAUUAUAGCUCUCAGGCAAGGGGUGAUGAGCUCAAAUCAAACGGUCCUGUUAAAAGACAUGCUGGUGCUUCAAAAGAGCCUUCAUCUCCUAAUACUAAAAUUGGUGUAGGAGAUAGCAAGCCGAGCCAUGAUAUAGUUAUGAGUGUAUAUGAGACUGACAGAUCUUGUGAACAUGAAUUCGGAAGCUAUUGUCUUUGGUCCAGAAAACAUAGACGAGUUAUGAAAGAUUCUAUUGUUAAGAGACUCAAGGACCAGCUUUUUGUGGCAAGAGCUUAUUACCCUAGCAUCGCAAAAAUUCAAGGAAAGGAAACCUUGACUCGUGAAUUGAAACUGAAUAUUCAAGAUCAUGAGCGCAUGCUUAGUGAAGCAGUUUCUGAUCUCGAUCUACCACCGCUUGUGGGGAAGAAGAUUGCAAAUAUGGACAAGGUCAUUGCAAAAGCUAAGUCAUGCCCUGUUGAUUGCAAUAAUGUUGAUAGGAAACUCAGGCAGAUCCUUGAUCUUACAGAAGAUGAAGCUCAUUUUCAUAUGAAACAAAGUGCAUUUUUAUAUCAGCUUGGUGUCCAGACCAUGUCUAAAACUUUUCAUUGUCUUUUAAUGAGAUUGACAGUAGAGUUCUUCAAAUCUCCAGCAUCUAAUGUGGAGCAUAUAUCUGCUUCUAAAAGUGUCAAUCCAAGCUAUCUGCACUAUGUCAUCUUCUCAAGAAAUAUACUAGCAGUAUCGGUCACUAUCAACUCUACUGUGACAAAUUCUAAGGAAUCUGAUAGCAUCGUCAUUCACGUGAUAACAGAUAAACAGAAUUUUUACUCUAUGAAACAUUGGUUUGUCAGACACUCAUAUGGAAAUGCAACCGUUCACAUUAUGAACUUUGAUGAGCUAAAGUCUAAUCAUGUUUCCAACUUAGACUUUGGAGAGAUGUCAAUGCCAGAGGAGUUCCGAAUCUCUAGUCACGCUACUUCACAACAAACCCCUUUGCAGAUGGGAACUAAAUACCUCUCCGUAUUUGGUCAUUCCCACUUUCUUCUUCCCGAUAUGUUCAAGGAUCUAAAGAAGGUAGUUCUUUUGGAUGAUGAUGUGGUUGUUCAAAAGGACAUAUCCUUUUUGUGGAAUCUUGAUCUAGGUGGAAAAGUAAUCGGCGCUACUGAGUUUUGUGGAGUAAAACUGGGCCAUCUGAAAUCAAAUCUGGGCACCGCAGUGUAUGACAGUAACGCUUGUGCCUGGAUGUCUGGCGUAAGCAUAAUUGAUUUGGAGAAAUGGAGAGAACUUGAUAUUACUGGAGUUUAUGGAAGGAUUGUUGAUCAGUUAAAACAGGAAAAUGAGGCACAGUGGAGAGCUACUGCACUUCCUGCAAAUUUACUUGCUUUUCACGGUCAUAUAUAUGCUCUCGACAAUACUUUAGUUCAGCAAGGGCUUGGCCAUGAUUACGAAGUCUCUGAGGACUCUGUGAAGAAUGCAGCGGCAUUGCAUUACAACGGCAACAUGAAGCCUUGGCUCGAUUUAGCCAUUCCCAAAUACAAGAACUCCUGGAAGAAGUACCUUACACGAGAUGAGCGAUAUAUGGAAGAAUGCAAUGUUAACCCAUAGCCUCGGCCACAAGCUCAAGUAUUAGUUUUGUAUUGAAGAGGAGACCAAAAACUUGCCUGCAUUUUUGUCUGCAAUUGCUGCUGAGACAUCAACCAACACUUCAACCAUCAAGAGUCAACCAAUAAAAAAAAUUGGAAAAGGAGUUUUUUUUUGUCACUGCUGGUUCACAAACACUCAGAAGUCGUCGUGCAAGAAGAACAUCUAAGGAAGUAGGCUGCGAGUAUAGAUCUCGUAAACGGCGUUUCAGGUAAGUCCAUAUCUUAGCCGGUUGCAUAUCAUCCAUUUGUUAUAUAGUCGGAAGAGUAGUAGGUUGGCACUUCUAACUGGAUCGAUGCCGUACUUGGACCAGUGUAGAUCGAUUUUUUUGGCCCCCUAUUAUUGCCCCUAACCCUUGUUGAUUCCAUUUCACUCCACGAUGAGGGUAUAUUUUGCCGUCUCACAUUAGCAAUUCUUUGUUACUAAUUCUACCCGAGCAAGGGUUUUCAUUCUCGACAAACUUGUGUCCGCUUAACUUGGUAAUAAAAAACCAUUUUGUAUUUAAAA